CUUUCCACAUCCACCAUGAACGACAACCUUCUCAUCGCGCUUGACCGCGUGAAGUUCUACGCGCAGGAUGCGCUCAUGACUGUGACACAGUGCAUUUGCCGUCCCGAUGCGACACUCAAGAUCAACGGGAGGCAGUACAAGGUUGACAAGCUGCUAGGCGAGGGAGGUUUCUCCUUCGUGUACCUUAUACACGACACGAGCCUGGGGCAGCUGUUCGCCCUCAAGAAGAUGCUCGUUACCACAGGUCAGGAGGGUGUGCAGCAGGCAAUGCGGGAGGUCGAGAUGAUGCGCCGCUUCCGUCAUCCAAACAUCAUCAAGCUCCUGGACUCGGCAGUGCAGCAGGACGAGAGCGGCGACGGUAAAAUCAUCUAUCUAUUCCUUCCCUACUACCCCAAAGGCAACCUGCAGGACUUGAUGACGCAGAACGGGGUGACUGGAAACCGGAUUGACGAGGACCGCCUUCUCCGCAUCUUCCACGGCACCUGUCUCGCCGUCCGUGCCAUGCACCAAUACCGCCUACCGAAUGUCACGGCAACAUACCCUCCGACGCGCGACGACGAGCCACUUCUUAACCAACCUGAGCUUGUUUUCGACGCUCCAGAGGACGAGCCGGGGCAAGAGGGCGAGCUCGUGCCAUACGCUCAUCGCGACAUCAAGCCGGGGAAUGUGAUGCUCGCCGACGAUGAUACGCCCAUUCUCAUGGACUUUGGGUCGACGAUCAAAGCUCGCAUCCCCAUCUCUAAUCGCCAGCAGGCGCUGCUCGAACAAGAUAUUGCCGCCGAACACAGCACGAUGCCUUACCGCGCACCGGAACUGUUUGACGUCAAGACGGGCAAAACGCUUGACGAGAAGGUCGACAUCUGGAGUCUGGGAUGUACGCUGUAUGCCGUGGCGUACGGCUUCAGCCCAUUCGAGACCGAUGGCUCGUCUCUCGCCAUGGCCGUCAUGUCCGGACGCUACCGACACCCGGGCGGCUACUCUGAUCGAGUGACAAAGCUCAUCGACGCGAUGCUGGUUGUGGACCCCCAGCAGCGCCCCGACAUUCAGAAGGUCAUCGAGCUCACGGAGGCUUCGUUGCGGACAGGACAGAACUCCAACUAGGGUUGUGUUGCAGCG